GUGAACGACGCACGCAAAUCUCCCCGCCUCCCACUCGCGAGCCACGACCUCUUCCUCCCUCCUCCUGUGCCACGGCCGGACCCGACCCGCUCCCCUCCGACCCCGUCUCCCUCCUGCGAUCUCCUCUACGACGAGCGACGCCGCCCGCCUCAUCUCCUUGGCACCAGCAGCGACCCCGCCGCUCGCCUUCUCCGAGUCCUGCAUAGCUUGCUGCCGGUGGGGGCCAUUAACCAGCUUCUGAGGAAACCAUUCGGAGCCAGUCUUCUUCUGUUCCACGGUUGUACUAGGGCGAACCUCCUUCUCCGGCGACUGGCCUCCAUCCCAUCCCGCCUCGCUACCAGAUAGACGACACUCUGCAGAUCUGCACAGGUGGAGAUUCCUGUCUGUCUGCGGCGCACUGUACCUGCGGUCCUCCAUAGCCAUGGUUUAUCACUCUAGUUUCACUGACGAUGAUGGGAUCACAAAAGCCUGUGGGUGUCCUUUGCUUCCACUAAAAACUCAUAUCAAGGGCCCAGCCCCAGCCUCAGAUUCAGAUAAAGCAGAUAUAGUCGAUGAAGCGAUAACUUUCUUCCGAGCAAAUGUUUUCUUCAAAAACUUCCAUGUCAAAAGCCCAGCAGACAAGUUGCUUAUCUAUCUGACAUCUUACAUAAAUAUUGCAUUGAAAAGACUAGAAAGCUGCCGGACACUAGCUGUUGGAACUAAGGCAAUCAUUAACCUUGGGUUGGAAACUGUUCCUGUGCCCGGGGAACCGGGGUUUCCUUUCCCUGGACUUUUCACUCUUCCCGAGUCCCAGGAGGAAGCAGAAUUGUUGAGGAACUAUCUCAAGCAGAUAAGGGAGGAAACAAGCGGGAGGCUGCUCAACUGUGCAUACAGAGCUAAUGGCACUCCAAACAAAUGGUGGUUGGCUUUUGCAAAGAGGAAGUUCAUGAACCUUGUCAUCCUUUAGAGUGUAAUUAAGCAUUUCAGCAACAGCGAUGUAGAAGUCAUUGCACUCCAGAGAGGUCUCGAACUCCUGGAGAGCCCUACACGGCGAUCUUGGUCGGCUGUUUCCAUCGUGCUAAUUUGGUGGGUGCUAUCUCCUUUAAACACUGGCCCAGGGAUGCAAAUCGUUUGGCGCACACUUAAUAAAUAUGCAUUUGAUUACAAGUCUAGUUUUAAUUUGGAUGGUGACCCUCCUAGCUUUAUUUUGAUUUCAGUAUUGACCGAUAUGUCUCUCUGAUAUUCAAUAAAGCUCGGGACGAGGCAUUCUCAUAAAAUAAUGGAUCUUGUUGAUGUUAUUAAACCUGUGUUGUGGAGCAGAUGUUGUCCUGAAUGUUC